AUUUUUCUUUUCAGCCAAGCUAAGUCUAAAAACCUUUAUAGAAUCUCCCUUCGGAAAAAAAAAAAAAAAAAAGAAAGGAAAAUGGUAGGGGCAAAUCUGAAAUCGGAGACAAUGAAGUUGAUGGAGAAGAGAAGCGGGAUGGAGGCUGAGAUGAACGCUAUCAUUGAGCAGCUUUGUCAGCCUGGUGGUCCUGGUCUCUCUGGCAACCUCGUCGAUUCCGAAGGAUUUCCUCGAGCUGAUAUUAAUAUCCCAGUUGUUCGAGCUCAACGAAAUCGUCUUGCUGAAUUGAAAAAUGAUCACAAGGAAAUUACAGAGAAGAUAAGCGUAAAUAUUCAAGUUCUGCAUUCGUCAAGACUUACUUCCACCCCAAAAGAUUCAGGUGUUGAUGGGGGUUUGAUGAAUCAAAAUGCAUCAGUUGUCAGUGCCAGCGCGUCUGCAUCCUUGGAAAACCUUGUUCUCAGAGAUUCUCUGAGUGCCAAUGAUGUGGAUAUGAUUUCUAGUGUACCCUUUGCAAUGGUUGAUGAAAUAGCUGAUGCAUCCCCAGCAGCAGAGGAUGGUUUACAGCUUGGGGAUCAGAUUGUGAAAUUUGGUAAUGUGAAAGCUGGUGAUAAUUUGCUACGACGGCUUGCUUCUGAAGCUCAGGUGAAUCAGGGUCACCCAAUACCUGUCAUAAUUAUGAGACAAGGUGCAUUGGUUAAUCUCGCUGUGACUCCUAGAACAUGGCAAGGCAGGGGCCUGCUAGGAUGUCACUUUCGUAUCAUGUAAUUUUGGCUCAUAGAUGGAGCGGAAUAUGGCAAUUUGUUGCUUGUAUUCAUCUGUUGCAAGACAAUAGUCAGAUAGGCAUGUUGAGAUGACUUCUUUUUCUCCUACCUUGGACACUUGGAGGAUAUACCAAAUAUUUUGUUUUUGAGUGAUCCGGUGGUUUUAAUGCACCCUUAAGAUGUCCCUUUUACUUUCUUUAUAGCUUUUGGAUGGAUCCUUUAAAUGUUCUCUCUCUGUGCCAUGGAGGUGAAAUAGAGCCAGCGACUCCUGCCUGCUGUUGCUGUUAUUGUGUCAUUUAGCUUAUAUACAACUUGAAGCCUAUGCCUACAGAAAGAUGAAUAAAGUCAAUUUCUGGUAGGUGUUACAUGGUCUUGGGUUUUAGGAGAAACCACUACCAAACCAAAUCUAAUGGCUGAUUUUUUCAAUCCAAAGAUGAAUCAAGUUGUUGUUCAUGAGAAACUAUUCUGCUGGGUAGGAAGCCCCCUUCGAAUUUAAUUGAAUGUCAGCUAGUGAUAUUAUUUGAAGGAA